AUGGAGAAAGGAGAGGACGAUUUGGAACUUGACUACCACAUAACAUUUCCUACGCCGACUUCAGGAGAUGUUUUCGAUGAUGACGAUGCAGACUUGUUACAUGAUUUCGUCAACGUUAGCGGUGAAAUCGUUGAGCCCGUUGUCAUUCUUAUCGGUUGGGCAGGCUGCAAGGACCAGUACCUUGCAAAGUAUAGCAAAAUAUACGAACAAAAUAGGUGUAUAACUAUUCGCUACAUUCCUCCUCGAGAAAUAACUUUCUUCAAGCCUCACCUUCUCCAUGGAAUAGGAAUCAGAGUACUUGAUUUGAUCAGUGACUUCAACUUGGAGGAAAGUCCUGUCUUCUUUCACAUAUUCAGCAACAAUGGCGCCUUUGUCUACUCAGAAAUCUCCCGUAUUCUACAUUCUGUAGAGGGAAGAAAAUACUCAAAACUGAAAGUGAAGGGAUCAAUAGUUGAUAGUGCACCUGGAAAACGCAGAAUUCUCAAAGCAGCACAAGCUUUCGCACUUUCUACCGGCAAUUCUGGUUUCAUGAAAAUUGCAUAUUUCAUAGGCAUGGUGACAUAUUUGUUCUUUUUGAGAAUUUAUCUGUUUUUGUCAAGAAUUUUCAAUAGCAGAUCUUCUGGUAUCACAAUAAGUCCCUAUUCAAUAUUUGAGUAUAUAAAGGAAGACAAGGCAAGAUGGCCCCAGUUGUACUUAUACUCACGUUCAGACGAGAUCAUUCCACACACAGAUGUUGAAGAGAUAGUCACAUACAGAAGGGACAAACUCAAGCUACACAUUCAGUCUGAGUGCUGGGAAACACCGAAACAUGUAUCUAUUCUGAGGGAAAAUCCAGAAUCUUAUGCCAACAAGUGCUGGAUGUUCAUUGGGGAUUGUCUGAAAGAGGACAGUAAUGAAGCUACAGGAGGCCAGAUUCUGUAUACUCGGAUAUAAACAUAUAUAUAAGGGUCAUGACCUUCAUAACUGUAAGCCUAUAUCUGAUUAUAAGCCUAUAAGUAUCUAUUGCUAUAGUAGAAUCAGACACAUUUUAUUGUCCUGGAUUCUUAUUAGCCUUUAACCUGAUUUUGAGUCCAAGGUAAUGUAUUGGCUCCAAGGGCUUAUUGUCAUGUAAUAAGGCUACCCCCUGAGUCAGGGGUAACAUACAUUGGUUCCCUGGGCUGUGAGCAGGAUAAACACAGAACACAUUAUCAACAAAAAUGAUUUGAACGUUCAUAUCAAAUAUCUUGGGUCAGGAACCAGAAUCAUUUCAACUGAUGUCACAUGACUGAUGAAUUUACUCUAUGUAAAGUACAAUAGGGAUUUAUGAUCUAUGAUGUAUGUAAUACACAGUAGAUUUUUAAGUACUUACAUGCAUCACCUGUUUACAUGCAUGUAUACAUAUUAAUUCUGAGUACUGAUUAUGUCACCAGCUGUAGAUCUAUAGACUUGCAUUAAUAUAGCAAAGUGCUCAAUUUGUUCUUGGUUUGCUUACAUACAGAAUGUAAAAUGCUUGAACAAAAUCAGUCAGUACAUCAGUGCUGUUUUUAUUCAGCAGUGAGCCUAUGUCUGUUAAUAACCCCAUCCAUUUAACAUUUUGGUAAAAUUACAAGCCAGUUGUGAUGUUAUGUCAUUGUCCUGUUAUAAAACCACUUUCCUCAUCUGUCUUUGAGUUAGAGGAAAUUUAUUAGUCCUGGGCUGUUUUAGCAUUAAUAUGGUAUACCCUGAUUUGAUAGUCCUGGGCUGUUUUAUUAUUAUUAUGGUAUACCCUAAUUUAGUAGUCCUGGGCUGUUUUAGCAUUAAUAUGAUAUACCCUAAUUUGAUAGCCUUGGGCUGUUCUAGCAUUAAUAUGGUAUACCCUAAUUUAGUAGUCCUGGGCUGUUUUAGCAUUAAUAUGGUAUACCCUUUAGAGUAGAUGUAUUUAUUACAUAUAGUUCUGUAUAUUGAAAUGUAAAUUAAUUUCAGGACAUCUGUUUCAUGAAUAAACGUCAAACUAUAAAUGUUUGACCCAAAAAGCAUUAUAUUUCUACUCGAAAAAUUUAACAGCACAAACAAGAAUAAUUUCAUUUACAUGUAUACUUGGCAAAAGCAUAUUGUGAAAAUGUUAUUAUAUUUGAAAAUUUUGUAUCUCUGCAAUUGAAACUUCAUAAGGCUUGUAAACGUUGUUCCUUAUAAAACGUUAUCUAAGUGGUACAAUUUGAACAAUGUAAAUAUGCAUGGAAUGAUCUGAGAGAAAUUCAGCUUAUAAAGUAAUACAAGAAUAAACACUUUCAUGUUGUUCCCAGACCGACAAACACAGAGGGUAAAUAUUAUACUGAAAAAACCCUAAAGCUCUAUUUUACAAAGCAAGACAAAGUAUAUUGUAUUGUGAUGUACUUAAGUUUUAAAAUUUGUAUUUCAAUCCACUAUAUAUUACUGUGAUACAAGUUUGUAUGGUUUACUUUAAUGUAAAUCACCAUUAUAUUUUAGUCAGCAUCAGUCUCAUGUUUGUAACAGCAUUCUAGGCAAGUAUAUAUGGACACUAUUUGUCCUCUGCCAAACAGUCCAAGUCCUUCUGAAUAUAAUUCUACCCAUUAUCUUUGGGCAUUAUUUAAUUGAGUGUAUAUAAUUUAUCACUUCUAUGUGACUAGUCUCUUAAUUACAAUUUUAUUGAAACUGGAAAUCAACUCCUUCAGUCUGUUAAGACAAAUUUAAAAUCUUUCUCUUAUUGGUAGUUGUUCUUUUAUGAAAUUAAAACUGGUUAAGGGGUAGGGGUAUAUAUAUAAAUUACAUAUCAGCCCCUGCUCUUAUUGUUUUCAUUUAUAAUAACACAAGACAGUUAUUUAGAAAUAUCAAAAGUACGUAUGGACCAUCACUUUUCUUUGCCAUUGUUUGAAAAGAAACUUUUACAUAUAUUGUAUUUUAGAACACAUAUUAUGGGUGAGACUAAUUAUCAUUUGGUUUUGGAUUUUCCUUCAAAGGAAUAAAUGUUGUUACAUGGAAGACCCUGUAUGUGUAUGUAACUUGUAAAUUGGGUAAAAUUUCUGUUUUGGUUGUUUGUAAAAAAAGAUUCUAGUUUAGUUGUAUUGGUUUAUUUUUCCUUAUACCAAAAAGUAGAAAGCAUUUCCCCUCCAUUAGUGAAUUAUUUAGCUUUGAUAAAACAUUUCCUGCUUGCCUUGUACUUUUUUUCUGUCAAUCAUCGACACAAUCACUCUUGUAUAUAUGUUUUUAUUGCUGGUUUGAUUUGUCCAGUUAGUUUUAAAUGUACAUUAUAAUUCUACAUUUUUUGUUGUCUUUCAUUUCAUUGAAUUAAAUAGGAUUGUUGUAAGAUUUUAAUUGAUUUUAGAGAAUAUAAGUAAUAUUAUGAACAAAUUUGUUUGAAUUCAGAUGUUGUAACAGAAGUAAAUGAUUUAUAAUUGUCUGUUAUUGUAUAGUGUAUAACUGCUUGUGGGAAUUCUAGACUUUUGAGUUCUGAAUGUGAACUUGCCAGGAAGUUUAUGUAUGAUUGUAUUAAAUCUUUUCUAGUCCUGUGUGAUAUUAUACGUAAUGUCUCCUCACAGUACAAGUGACAUUAGUCUUUCUUUUUAUGUUUAUAUUGAUAGAAGAUGAUACUUAAGUAUGCAUAUAAGACCCUAACAUAAAAUUGUCUUGAUACUUAUUUAUGCAGACAAAUCUGUUUGUCCACACUUUAAAUACAUUAUUUUUGGAACAGUAUGAACCUGUAGACCUAGGUCAGGACAAACUUACAGAUGUCAACUACAUAGACCUUGAAAGAUUUAAAGCUCAUACUCUUCAAACAAUUGAGAAAAAAAAGAUUAAAAUGGUAGGUAUGUUCUUAGAAAUGAACAACUCUGUUUCAAUCUGUAAAAUUGAGAGAUAAAAAGAGACUUGCAUUGGGUUGACCAGGAGUUGCUUUGAAAAGAUGUGGUCAAAUGAACUGAAAUUUUUAGGAUUAUCUCCCCUGGAACAGAAAGUCGACCAUCUAGUCUCGCUAUGUAGUCUGUGACAGAGAUAUUUUAUUUCUUUCCUUUCAGACAUAUCUGCAAAUUAGUACUGUAAACAACAGCUCAGUUGUAACACUUUGCUACAAAGAUUAUAGGUAUACAUUGUUAAUUGAAACCUUUUACUUUUGUCUUUCUGUAGCUUCAUGUACAUGCAAGAUUAUAGACCUUGUGUUUCUACUGGACAUAGCCCAGUGGUAUUGGUCAGUGCCAUGAGAUAUAAAAAUUUCAUGCUAUUGAACUUGCCAAAAGUGUUAAGAGUGAUUGAAAAAUGCUUAUGAUAAAGAUUUAUUUUGAAAUACUCAAUUAUCUUCAAGUUUUAUAAAGCUGUUUUUAUUUUUGAUUUUUUUUUUUUAUAUUUUUUUUUUUAAACAAAUUUGUGUUUAAUUAUAAUUUCAAUAAAUCACAACCUUUUUGGAAGUGUCCAAGUAAUCUGCAAAUUGGAUCAAACAGGGUUUUGGUCAAUUAUUUUUGUAUAUUCAAAAUUUAGACUGUAUACAUGUAGUUCUUAUUUCAGUGAAUUCACAUCAAUUCUAUGAACUGUUACAAAGCUACACAAUUAUCAAUAUUUUCCUUUUAUUUCAAGGACCCUACUUUGUAUUUUUGUUUUUCAUGCAAGAUGUGUGUUUUGUUUUUCACAUUUUAAUUAUUACUAUUAUAUAACAAACUUAAGUUUACUUAUACAACUUGAUUAAGAUGUUGGAAGCCUGGCCAGCUUAAUGAAUUUCUAAUGAGAGUUUUCAAAUUCUAUUAUUGUCAAUUUGAAAAUAAGAUAUCUAAAGUUUUGUUUUUAUUCAUUAUGUUGUUGUUUUGUUUUUAAUGGACUUUGAUUAUUUUGUUUUCUAUUUCUUUUUUCUCAAAUUCAUGAAAAGAUAUAAUUUUCCCUGUAUUCAUAUAAGUACUUUUAACUUUUUAAAAUUUUUCUUUUUUGUGUUAUUCUGAUCUCUGCUUUUCUAUUUAUAAACUGUAAAACUAUAACUUGGCCUCUGGACUCCAAAAAGUAAUUGUAGUUGAUUAUAAUUUAGGUAAGUUACAUUCACCCAUCCAUUCUUUAUCUACAUGUAUCUGUGUGCACAAUUUCUGUUUAUUUCUAAAAAUGUUUUAACAUUUUUACAUUAUGUACAUUGUAGUCUCUGUUUGAAAGUUAAUAGCAAUAAUUAAACUUAUUUUGAUCUGA